AUGCCCCGAUGGGGAAGACCACCGGGGGCACGAAUGGGGAGACACAAUGGGGGGAGAGCGAUAUGGGAGGAGGAUACACGGGUGGAGGAGCUGAUCAGCGACAACGAUGAUGUGUUUGGGCGGGAGUUGGUGCGGGGUGCUGGUCGAUACACGCGACAGCAAGAUUAUGGAGCACAGAGCCGAGGGCCGCGCAGGCGGCAGGAGUACGAGUAUGAGGACUGGGAUGAUGGCGAGUCCGUCGUCGAUGGAGGGGACUAUGACUUGAAUGACUAUGGAGAUAGCACAGUGGCUUAUGCGGUUCAGCUGGCCAUGCGCGACAAGGAAGAUCAAUUGGUGGAUCAGGCACUGGAGCGGAUUCGUCGUGCGCAGACAAUGGGCAAGAAGAAUGUGCGACUGUCUAAGCGGGAACUCGCUGCGCUAGAGCGAAAACGUCAGCAGACAAGCAAUGCUGGUGCAGGUCCUAGUGCCAGCGGGACCUCGCGAAGCAGAAAAGGGAGUACAAGUAGCUCGCGCCCAUCGUCUCGACGGAAUGGGCACACUGUUCCCUUGGAGCAGCAACCCCCACAAUCCGGGGUAUAUCCACCUUUUGCGCCGGAUGGUGGAUGGAGUCGACCGUCUAGUUCCUCAUCAGCUCAUCGCCCGCGCACACCAACAAUGCAGCCUUUGCGACCGCAACAAUCCAUGUCCCCGCUGCGACCUCCUUAUACCUCGUUCCCCGACCGGAUGCCUCCCAAUGGUCGGCCACAGUCAAUGCAACAGCCUAUGUUUGCGCGGCCUUUACCUGACGAUCCUCAAUGGGCUCCGCCGUAUUAUAAUCCUAUGCAAAUGAGUCCUUUUGCAGCGGAACCUCCGUACCAACCACAACUUCCUUCCGAUCUUCGGGUUGGACCUCAGAGCCGGAUGAGCUAUCCCACGGGAAUGCCCACGGGACUGUCGCCGAUUCAAGCCCAAACUCGACAAUCGGUUGCCUCGACGCCAGCUGCUACUCCGAUUACUCCGGAGAGUGAGUCGGGGAGUUCAAAAGAGGAGGCGGGAAGCAGUGGUGAAGAUUCGGAUGUGCAGAUUGUGCGUGUGGUGGAGCGUCAGCCUCAACCACAGGCAUCUCCUGGUGUUCAAAGACGUCCAGUUGGAGGUCAAGGUCGUCAAGGAAAAAGUCAAUGA